CUUAAUAUUUAUGGCAGGAUUAUAAACUUUAAAAGCAUUUUCAUACUUAUUAGUGGCUAGUUAGUCUAAGCUCUAAUUUUUAUUAGAUAAUCUAAUAAAUUUUCUGAUAGUUAGUACCUACAUAAUAUCAUUUUUAAUUUACUGAUAAUCUGAAAUUGUAUGGGAAAAUUAGUUUCAGUAGUGCAGGUACUUAUCUCAAUAUUUAUUAUACUUCUGAAAUUACAUUGUUCUGAAUCAAAUCCAGCACCUCUUUAUAAUUGUGUGAACUUAGAUGGAGGACUUACCUGCCAUUCUUCUGAUCCUAAUCCAUACAGGAAUUAUGGUUCAGAAACAGCAUAUCCUGCAGUACAUAAAGAUUAUACAAAAACAUAUGACUUAAAAGGUUGUACCCCAAAAGUAUUUUAUUUACUGAAUAGACACGCUACAAGAUAUCCAGGAAAGGACUGCAUUGAGUACAUUAAUGAGCGUUUGCCAAUUUUAAAAGAAAAAAUCAUCUCUUCUUAUCAAAACGGCCAAGCUAAAAUGUGCCAAGAUGACAUUAACAAAUUAAUGGACUGGUCACCUACACUGGCUGUGGAAGAUGAACUAAGACUUUCUGCUACAGGUGCGGCAGAAGCAGAAGAGCUUGGUGAACGAUUGCGACAAAGGUUUCCUGAGAUUUUAGGAAUGAAGUACUCUCCAGGAAGAUUUAUUAUCGAAUAUACGGAAGAAGAAAGAACGAGAGAUACUGCCCAAAAUUUUAGUCGAGGAUUGUUUACAGAACAAGAUUAUGAAAAAGUGAAAGGGAAGAUUAACCAGAAACUUAUAAGAUUUAAUAAAGAGUGUAAAAAAAUGAUGAAUAAGUGUGAUAACCAAAAAUUAGAUUUGAAGGAAAUCAAGGAAUUUCUAAAUGGUUCGUUAAUGCAGAAAACGAUUGAAAGUGCUUCAAAAAGAGUUGGAUUCACCCUAACUAAUGAUGAUAUGAUACAUAUGCACACGGCAUGCAGUUUUGGUUAUGCUCUCAACAUCAGUGAUGCAUGGUGUGCUGUGUUUUCGCAUGAUGAUUUGAAAGUUAUGGAAUAUGGUGACGACAUUCAAUGGUAUUAUCGGAGAUCUUACGGAAAUGUGGUGAAUUAUCAGCAAGCUUGUCCAAUUAUAAAAUAUAUUGUUGAUUUAUUCAAAUCAUAUGAGAGAACCAGAAUGAGCAAAAUAGUUUUACAAUUUGGUCAUAGCGGGGCUUUGUCGAGAUUUUUUACAGCUAUAGGAAUUUCUAGGAAUGAUAAAAAAUUAACAGCAAAGUCCUUUUGCUCUCAAAGUAAUAGAAGAUGGCGCGCAAGCUCAUUUGCACCCUUCAACACAAACAUAGCAUUUGUGCUUUAUGACUGUAAUGGUGAUUUAAAGAUCAUGACUUUACACAAUGAAAUGCCAGUUAGAAUUGAUGGAUGUAAAAAUGAUAAAUUAUGCUCUCUAAAAGAAUUUUAUGAUAACUAUCUGCCACUAGCCGAAAACUGUGAUCUGGAAAAAAUAUGUGAUGUUUGUAGAGCAUAAUUAACACGUGUAUUAAAACUUUUGAAGACUUCAAUCUAAAUAAUAUUCGUAUUAAUAUUGUGAUACGUAACGAUAUAUAUUUUGCAAGUUUGGCAUUCUCAAUAAAUAGAAAAAAAAACCCA